CCCACGGCCGCAAUUCCCGGUGCCCCACGGCUCCGGAGCCGCGGCAAUGCUGCGGGCCGCGGCCAGGGCAGCAGCUCCGUGUCCUUCCCGCCGUCCGUGCCCCCUUUCCCCGCCGUUCCCGCUCCGUUCCCGCCGGGCCGGGCCGGGCCGGGCCGGGCUCCCCCGGGCCGCUCCGGGUCCUCCCGCCCGCCGGGGGGCGCUGCCGCCGCGGCCCCCGCGCUGCCCGCGGGCGCGGGGCGGCCCAAGAUGGCGGCGCUGGGGCUGCUGCUGCAGGCGGCGGGGCCGCUGCGCCUCUGCCGCGGGCCCCGCGGGCCCUGCGCGCCUCCCCGCGCGCUCUGCUCGGGCCCCCGCGGGCCCGCCGAGCCCCGCCGGGACGAGGAGGACGAGGAGGAGCCCGAGGCGGCGCAGGAUUCCAGAGAUUUACUAAAGGAAUUUCCACAGCCUAAAAACUUGCUCAACAGCGUGAUUGGCCGAGCCCUGGGCAUUUCCCAUGCCAGGGACAAGCUGGUGUACAUCCACACUAACGGGCCGAGGAAAAAGAAAGUCACUCUCCAUAUAAAAUGGCCAAAGAAUGUGGAAGUGGAGGGCUAUGGGACCAAGAAGAUCGACGCGGAGCGGCAGGCGGCGGCUGCAGCGUGUCAGCUCUUCAAGGGCUGGGGCUUGCUGGGCCCCCGGAACGAGCUCUUCGACGCGGCCAAGUACCGGCUGCUGGCCGACCAGCUGGGCUGUCCCGACGAGCGCUGGUGCUCCGAGGGCAAGUGGCGCUCCAAGUCCGGGCCCUCCCUCGCCGACCUGUCCACCUGCUGGCGCCGCAUGGAGCCCGACGAUGCCAUCCAGCCCAUGGAGCAGGGCAGGAUGCCCAAAGCCAUGAGGAGGGAGGAGCUGGAGGAAGGGGAGCUGGAGGAGGGGGAGCUGGAGGAGGGGGAGCUGGAGGAGGAGGCCAUCGAUGUCUCGGAUUACCUGCCCAUGGCACACCAGGACGCCCGCACCCCCGGCAGAGACGCCAGCCGAGGAGGCAGUUCCAUUGAAAUGACAGACGACAACACUGCCAUCCGUGCCCUGACGCAGUUCCCACUCCCCAAAAACCUCCUGGCCCAAGUGAUUCAGAUUGCAACCUCUUCCUCCACAGUCAAGGAGUACAUGCAGUUCCGCACGGUGGGCACCAAGACCAAGAUCUGCAAGCUGACGCUGCGCUGGCCCUGCCCCAUGACCUUCGCUGCCAAGGGCCGGCGCAAGGUGGAGGCCGAGAACAAGGCAGCAGCUCUGGCCUGCCAGAAGCUGAAGAGCCUGGGCCUGGUGGACAAGAACAACAACCCCCUGAGCCAUGCCAUGUACAACAUGACUUCCCUGCGGGAGCUGGGCGAGAACCAGAGGAAGCCCUGCCACAUCAAAGUCCCUGAGGCCACCCUGCGCAAGAUUGAGAACUACCUGAACCACUAUCCCGUGGACAUCAGGGAGUCCAGGCCCCGGAUUGCUGAUGACAUGAUGAACCUGACCAAGGAAUCUGGUGCCAUCAGCGACGCCAUCACGGGCAAGACCUACAUCCCCAUGCUGGAAGCAGAGGAAGUGCGCCUUAGCCAGAACCUGCUGGCCCUCUGGAAAAGGAGAGGAGCCUCCUGGCAGGAGAGCCACCCGCUGCCCGUGGACCCUCACAAGGACACCAUCCUGUCAGCCAUCGAGCAGAACCCCGUGGUGGUGAUAGCGGGAGACACGGGCUGCGGCAAGACCACGCGGAUCCCGCAGCUGCUGCUGGAGCACUACAUCCUGGAGGGCCGCGGCGCGCGCUGCAACGUGGUCAUCACCCAGCCCCGCCGCAUCAGCGCCAUCUCGGUGGCCCAGCGCGUGGCGCAGGAGCUGGGGCCCAACAUGAGGAAGAACGUGGGCUACCAGGUGCGGCUGGAGAGCAAGCCCCCUGCCCGGGGAGGGGCCCUGCUCUUCUGCACCGUGGGCAUCCUGCUCAGGAAGCUGCAGGGCAACCCCAGCCUGGAGGGCGUCAGCCACGUCGUGGUGGACGAGGUGCACGAGCGGGACGUGAACACGGAUUUCCUGCUCAUCCUGCUCAAAGGCAUCCAGAAGCUGAACCCUGACCUGCGCCUGGUGCUCAUGAGCGCCACGGGGGACAACCAGCGCUUCUCCCACUACUUUGGGGAUUGCCCCGUGGUCAAGGUGCCGGGCUUCAUGUACCCGGUGAAGGAAUACUACCUGGAGGAGAUCCUGGCCAAGCUGGGCCGGCACCGGCACCGGCACUACGAGAUCAAGCAAUCCGACGAUGAGUGCGUCCUCGACCUUGACCUGAUCACCGACCUCGUGCUGCAGAUUGAUGCCCACGGAGAGCCAGGUGGGAUCCUGUGCUUCCUCCCUGGCUGGCAGGAGAUCAAGGGGGUGCAGCAGCGGCUGCUGGAGAUGCUGGGCUCGCAGAACAGCCGCUACCUCGUCUUGCCAGUGCACUCCAACAUCCCCAUGAUGGACCAGCAGAACAUCUUCCAGAGGCCUCCUCCGGGCGUCAGGAAGAUCGUCCUGGCCACCAACAUCGCCGAGACCUCCAUCACCAUCAACGACAUCGUGCACGUGGUGGACAGCGGCACGCACAAGGAGGAGCGCUACGACCUCAAGACCAAGGUGUCCUGCCUGGAGACCGUGUGGGUGUCCAAGUCCAACGUGGUGCAGCGGCGCGGGCGCGCCGGGCGCUGCCAGUCGGGCUUUGCCUACCACCUGUUCCCGCGCAGCCGCCUGGACAAGAUGCCCACCUACCAGGUGCCCGAGAUCCUGCGCACGCCCCUGGAGAACCUGGUGGUGCAGGCCAAGAUCCACAUGCCAGAGAAAACGGCAGUUGAAUUUCUCUCCAAGGCUCUGGACAGCCCUGACAUCAAAGCUGUGGAUGAAGCCGUGAUCUUGCUGCAGGAGAUUGGUGUGCUGGACCAGCGGGAAGCUCUGACCACCCUGGGCAAGCGGCUGGCACAGAUCUCCACGGACCCUCGGCUGGCCAAGGCCAUCGUGCUGGCCUCCAUCUACCGCUGCCUGCACCCGCUGCUGGUCAUCGUGUCGUGCCUGACGCGGGACCCCUUCAGCAGCAGCCUGCAGAACCGCGCCGAGGUGGACAAGGCCAAGGCCGUGCUGAGCCGGGAGAGCGGCAGUGACCACCUGGCCUUCGUGCGGGCGGUGGCGGGCUGGGAGGAGGUGCUGCGGCGCAGGGACAGCCGUGCCAGGGACAACUACCUGCAGGACUACUACCUGUACGGGCCCAGCCUGCGCUUCAUCAACGGCCUCGUCAAGCAGUUCUCUGAGAAUCUCUAUGAAGCCUUCCUGGUGUCAUCCCCGUCUGACUGUACCAUGCCCUCGUCUGUGUGUAACCAGUACAGUGAGGAGGAGGAGCUGGUCAAGGGUGUCCUCAUGGCUGGGCUCUACCCCAACCUCAUCCAGGUGAGGCAAGGCAAGGUGACACGCCAGGGGAAGUUCAAGCCCAACAGCUACGCGUACCGGACCAAGGCCGGCACCGUGCUGCUGCACAAGUCCACCAUCAACAGGGAGGCAUCCAAGCUGUACAGCCGCUGGCUCACCUACUUCAUGGCCGUCAAGUCCAACGGCGGCGUCUUCGUGCGCGACUCGUCCCAGGUGCACCCGCUGGCCGUGCUGCUCAUGACUGACACCGACAUCCACGUGCGAGAUGACGGCUGGCGAGCGACGGUGUCCCUGACGGACAGCGACCUGCUGGUGCUGGAGGGGGACUCCUACACCAUCCGCCUGCUGCGCGACUUCCGCGUGUCCCUCUCCAAGAUGGUGGAGACGUGCCUGUGCUACGAGAUGGCCGCGAUCCCCGGGGACCUGCACCACCAGCACAGCCAACUGCUCGACAUCCUGGUGGAUCUGCUCAAGGGCCCUCCCGGCAGCUUCGGCUCGUAGGCGGAGCUGCAGCCUCGUGUGGGGACUUGUAAUUUGUAUAAAGAUGUUCACAAAUGUUUAUUUAAAUAAAGUUCUAUUUAUCCCUUGUGAAGUCAUCUCUCUCCAUCCUAGAAGAUUAAUGUUGUCUGAAUCUCCUGCUGUCGGCUCCGUGCAUGGUCACCGCGUGGGAAGAGCAGCGCAGUCCCGCCGGGAAUGGACUGGGAGUGCCGACGGACCCCGGCCUGCGGACACCCCCGCCUCCUCCGCCGGCCCUGACCGGGAGCAAGGCCACGGCUGCUGCGGGCUCCUCUGCCCCCUCCCCACGGGGCCAGAGCCCCGGGCUCAAGAGGAGGACGGAUGUCCCGGCUGUGCCAGGAUGGUGGAUGCAGCAGCUCCGGCAGGGAGGGGAUCGCUGAUCGUUGUCUCUCCACUCCACAUGGAGGAAGCCCCGAAAGCAGCGGAUGGAGAGGAAUUCCACGCGGGAUCCGAGGGGCCCUGCCAGCCCCAGCACAGUCGUGGCGUCUGAGUGUGAGAUGUGACUCGUCCUUCCCAACCUGCCUGUACUUCUCGUCCUCUUGCGUUGUUCCUACGAUUUUUUUUUUAAAUUCCUGUUCUCCCCACGUGGAGGAGGCCGGAUCCCUGUCCCUUGUGCAACACAGGACGUGAUUGUAGCUGCCAGGCUGCCUGCGAGCGCCGCUCCUGCGGGAAGCCAGGAGCAGAGGCACAAAAUCCUUUGUUUUCUAUGAACAGGGACCAUAUUUCUGUGGAAGGAGGAUUGCGACAGGCACAGCACUCACUGAGGAAUCUGGAGUUUAAUCCCAGCUUUGCCUUGGAUUCUCUGUCCGAAGAAGACAGUGACCUACCUCACAGGGCUGUUGUGAGGGUCGGGGUUUGUAACGGAGCCCUCGGGCCCAGGGCUGUGCCCCCCGGGGCCUGGGCUCCUUUCUUUUUAUUCCCAUUUCUUACGCUCUUUGUACCUGCAGCAGGGAAUGGGAGCGAGGCCGUUUCCAUGGCACUGGGGCUCCUGCCCCGCGCCCCCCGGGGCCACCCUUUGGUUCUCCCAGUUCUACCAUUUAAGUUCUGCUCAUGGGCUCCAGGGCGCCGUGGCUGUGCCAGCACAAGGCCCGGGGGCCCCUCCGAGGCUCCGCUGCCCCCGGAGUCCUGCAGCCUGGGGUCACUCCAAACUGCUCAUCUUCAUUUCACUUGCUUGAGGUUGUCACUAUUAUUUGACCAGUGUUUGUUUCUUUUGGCCUGUAUAAUGGGCAGUAUGGUUUUCCCUUCCAGCAGGUUUAAAAAAAAAAAAAGAAAAAAAAAGGACAAAAAAAAAAAAAGACUAAGCUAUUGUCUAAAUGGUUCCGAACUAGUGUGAUAUUGGGAUACUUCCGUGGCUGUUAUGUGAUACUGGAUCUUUUUACAACAUAGAUUAAAGACAAUAAAAAGGGAUAGAGUAGGAA